GUGGACUGGAGCUCUGACCUCACAUAAAAUUUUAUUUUUGUUUUAAAACGACUUAUUUAAGCACCCAAAGAGUAGCACACAUAACAAAGUCGUGACUCGUGUUUAAUUGGGCUAUUGUUUGAGCACUGAAAUAAAACACCUCAUUAUGUGAUGCCGGAGCUCCAGUACUCCUGCACUUCUCAACUCCAUUGUAAAUCAUGGAGUUUCGUUUAAUCGUCUAUCUCCCCCUCUGCCCAGACGCUGGAGCAGGACGAGGAAUAUAAGAGCAGUCGCACGUUGUAGCAGCUCACAAAGCAGGCGAGCCUGUGAGAAUAUUUAGCUAACGUUACGCCUGCAGAAUAAUUUGAGGAAGAAUUGAGAGAAACAGCAGCAUGGUGAAUCAAGUGCAGAGAGUCGAAGACACAUGGCGAACAUGCAGCAAAAGCGACUCAAGUGGCGCGAGCAACAGCGGUUGCGAGAGUUCCAAGGAAAGCUCUCGCUCCUCGACGCCGGUGUUGGACACCGACCGCACGGACAGGCUACGGGACAAGAUGCGCCGCCGGACGGAGUCGGGCGACCACUGGUUUUCCCUCGAGUUCUUCCCCCCUCGCACUGCAAGUGGAGCUGUCAACCUCAUCUCUAGAUUUGAUCGCAUGGGCUCAGGGGGGCCCCUGUUCAUAGACGUUACCUGGCAUCCGGCAGGGGACCCGGGUUCGGACAAGGAGACCUCCUCCAUGAUGAUCGCUAGCACAGCGGUCAACUACUGUGGCCUGGAGAGCAUCCUUCACCUGACCUGCUGCAACCAGACCAAAGAGAAGAUCACUGGGUACCUGAGCAAAGCCAAACGCCUUGGCCUGAAGAACAUCAUGGCUCUAAGAGGAGAUCCUAUGGGGGCUGACUGGGAAGAGGAAGAAGCGGGCUUCAACUACGCCACAGACCUAGUCAAACACAUACGCUGCGAGUUUGAUGACUACUUUGACAUCUGUGUUGCCGGCUACCCCACUGGCCACCCGGAGGCGGAGAGCUACGACGAGGACCUGAGACAUCUGAAGGAGAAAGUGGACGCUGGCGCCGACUUCAUCAUCACCCAGCUCUUUUUCCGGGCUGACACCUUCCUCAAGUUUGUCAGAGACUGCAGGGCCAUAGGAAUCACCUGCCCCAUCCUACCAGGCAUCUUCCCUAUCCAGGGCUACCAGUCUCUGAGGCAGCUGGUCAAACUGUCCAAGCUGGAGGUGCCCGAGGAGAUCAUGCAGGUCAUCGAGCCCAUCAAGGACAACGAUGCGGCCAUCCGCAACUACGGCAUUGAGCAGGCUGUGGGCAUGUGCCGCGUGCUGCUGGAGAGCGGCGAGGUGCCGGGCCUCCACUUCUACACGCUGAACCGCGAGGUAGCCACCAUGGAGGUACUGCGGCAGCUGGGCCUGUGGAUCGAGGACCCCAGGCGGACACUCCCCUGGGCGGUGAGCGCUCACCCCAAACGCAAAGUGGAGGACGUGCGGCCCAUUUUCUGGGCCUCCAGACCCAAGAGCUAUAUCUACAGAACACAGGACUGGGAUGACUUCCCCAAUGGACGAUGGGGAAACUCGUCAUCUCCGGCCUUUGGUGAACUCAACGAUUAUUACCUGUUCUACCUGAAGAGUAAGUCGUCCAAGGACGCCCUGCUGAAGAUGUGGGGCGAGGAGCUGACCAGCGAGCAGAGCGUCUACGAGGUCUUCACCAGCUACAUCACGGCCCAGCCCAAUGUUGCCGGACACAAGGUGAUGUGUCUGCCGUGGAAUGACGACCCGCUGGCCCCGGAGACCAACUUGCUGAAGGACGAGCUGGACAAGGUAAACCGCAGGGGAGUCCUCACCAUCAACUCCCAGCCCAGCAUCAACGGCAAGCCCUCCUCAGACCCCAUCGUGGGCUGGGGCCCCCCUGGUGGCUACGUCUUCCAGAAGGCUUAUCUGGAAUUUUUCACCUCAAGCGAAAAUGUCACCGCUCUCCUCAAAGUGCUAAAGAAGUACGAGCCUCGCGUCAACUACCACAUCGUCAACGUUCACGGUCAGAAUACUACGAACGCCCAUGACAUGCAACCCAACGCUGUGACAUGGGGCAUCUUCCCUGGCAGGGAGAUUGUCCAGCCCACUGUGGUGGAUCCAGUCAGCUUCUUGUACUGGAAGGACGAGGCCUUUGCCCUGUGGAUCGAGCAGUGGGCCAAGCUGUACGAAGACGAGUCCCCAUCACGUAUGAUCAUCAAGUAUAUCCACGACAACUACUUCCUUGUCAACCUGGUGGACAACGACUUCCCUUUGGACAACUGCUUGUGGCAGGUCAUCGAUGACAUGUUUGAGCUGCUUGACAACCCCCCGGAGGAGCAACCCGCGGAGCAAACUGCAGAGCAACCCAACGAUGAGCAAUCCGACAAGGAACAACCUGGAAAGUAACCAUGGCGAUAGCCACCAAUUGAGCAAUUGAGCUGCUUUCGAUAACUUUUCACUCAACAAACACCACAAAGUACUUAACUACAGUAUUAUACCAUACAGUAUAUACUUUAAAAAUAUAUACUUAAAAAAAAAAAACUAUAUUAUUAUCUGGAGGAUGGAUCUUAAUCAAGAGGUUCUUCAGUGAAUGAAUAUGAUGACAAAUACAGUGCAUUUGGAAAGCAUUCAGACCCUUUCACUUUUUCAACAUUUUGUUACGUUACUGGCUUAUUCUAAAAUGGAUGAUCCUUUUUUUUAUUUAAUCAAUCUACACACAAUACCCCAUAAUGACAAAGCGAAAACGUGAUUUAAAAAUAGUUGCAAAUUUAUAACAAAAUAACUGAAAUACCUUAUUUACAUAAGACCCUUUGUGAUGAGACUUGAAAUUGACCUCUGGUGCAUCCUGUUUCCAUUUAUCAUCCCUGAGAUGUUUCUACAACUUGAUUUGGAAAGGCACACCCAUCUAAAUAAGGUCCCACAGUUGACUGCAUGUCAGAGCAAAAACCAAGCCAUGAGGUCGAAGGAAUUGUCCGUAGAGCUCUGAGACAGGAUUGUGUCGUUGCACAGAUCUGGUGAAUGGUACCAAAAACAUGUCUGCAGUAUUGAAGGUUCCCAAGUGGCCUCCAUCAUUCUUAAAUGGAAGAAGUUUGGAACCACCAAGACUCUUCCUAGGGCUGGGCGUCUGGCCAAACUGAGCAAUUGGGGAAGAAGACUUUGGUCAGGGAGGUGACCAAGAACCCAACGGUCACUCUGUCAGAGUUCCUCUGGAAAUUGGAGAACCUUCCAGAAGGACAAACAUCUCUGCAGCACUCCACCAAUCAGACCUUUAUGGUAGAGUGGCCAAACGGAAGACACUCCUCAGUAAAAGGCACAUGACAGCCCAAUUGGAGUUUGCCAGAAGGCACCUAAAGGACUCUCAGACCAUGAGAAACAAGAUUCUAUUGUCUGAUAAAACCAAGAUUGAAAUGUUAGGCCUGAAUGCCAAGCGUCACGUCUGGAGGAAACCUGGCACCAUCCCUACGGUGAAGCAUGGUGGUGACAGCCUCAUGCCGUGGGGAUAGUUAUCAGUGGCAGGGACUGGGAGACUAGUCAGGGUUGUGGGAAAGAUGAACGGAGCAAAGUACAGCGAGAUCCUUGAUGAAAACCUGGUCCAGAGUGCGCAGGACCUCAGACUGGGAUGAAGGUGAACCUUCACAACAGGACAAUGCAGAAGUGGCUUCAGGACAAGUCUUUGAAUGUUCUUGAGUGGCCCAGCCGGAGCCCGGACUUGAACCCGAUCGAACAUCUCUGGCGAGACCUGAAAAUGAUUGUGCAGCGGCGCACCCCAUCCAACCUGACAGAGCUUGAGAGGAUCUGCAGAGAAGAAUGCAGGUGUUUCAAGCUUGUAGCGUCAUCCCCAAGAAGACUCGAGGCUGUAAUCGCUGCCGAAGGUACUUCAACAAUAUACUGAAUUAAAGGUCUGAACUUAUAUGCAUUUUUAAUUUUGAGAAAAAUGAAAUGUUUUGUCAUUAUGGGGUAUUGUGUGUAGAUUGAUGGACAAAACAACAAUUUAAUCAAUUAGAAUGAGGCUGUAACAAUGUGGGAAAAUGAAGGGGUCUGAAUACUUUCUGACUGCAUUGUAACACAGGGAAACGUUUUGUAAUUUCUAAACCAUUUUAAUUGUGUGUUUGGUGUAUCUAUCUAAACGUAUGUGGACACCUUCAAAGUAGUUGAUUCGGCUAGUUCAGCCACACCCCUUGCUGACAGGUGUAUAAAAUGGAGCAAACAGCCGAGCAUUCUCCUUAGACAAAGUGGCAUCGUGAUAGGAUGCCACCUUUCCAACAAGUCAUUUUGUCAAAUGUCUACCCUGCUAGAGCAGCCCCGGUCAACUGUAAGUGCUGUUGUGAAAUGGAAACAUCUCGGAGCAACAAUGUUUCAGUCGCGAAGUGGUAGGCCACAUAAGCUCACACAACGCGACUGCCGAGGGCUGAAGCACAUAGCGUGUAGAAAUCAUCUAUCCUCGGUUGCAACACUCACUACCAUUUUCCAAACUACUUCUAGCUUCAUGAAAUGGGUUUCCAUUGCCGAGCAGUCGCACACAUGCCUAAGAUCACCCUGCGCAAUGUGAAGUGUUGGCUGGAGUUGUGUAAAGCUCAUUGCCAUUGGACUGGAGCAGUGGAAACACGUUCUCUGGAGUGAUAAAUCACACUUCACCAUCUGGCAGUCCAACGGGUGAAUCUGGGUUUGGCGGACACCAGGAGAACGCUAUGUGCCCCAAUCUAUAGUGCCAACUGUAAAGUUUGGUGGAGGAAUAAUUGUCUGGGGCUGUUUUUCAUGGUUUGGUUAGGCCCCUUAGUUCCAGUGAAGGGGAAAUCUUAACGCUACAGUAUACAAUGACAUUCUAGACAAUUCUGUGCAUCCAACUUUGUUUCAACGUGACAAUGCCCCCAUGCACAAAGCGAGGUCCGUACAGAAAUGGUUUCUCGAUCUGUGUGGAAGAACUUGCUUGCCCAGAGUCUUGACCUCAACCCCAUCGAACACCUUUGGGAUGAAUUGGAACGCAGACUGCAAGCCAGGCCUAAUCGCUCAACAUCAGUGCCCAAUCUCACUAAUGCUCUUGUGGCUGAAUGGAAGCAAGUCCCAGCAGCAAUGUUCCAACAUUUAGUGGAAAGCCUUCCCAGAAGAGUGGAGGCUGCUAUAGCAGCAAAGGGGGGACCAACACCAUAUUAAUGCCCAUGAUUUUGGAAUGAGAUGUUCGACGAGCAGGUGUCCACAUGCUUUUGGUCAUGUAUGUACUUGAGGGUGAGAGAAUGGUGGUAUAUUGGAAACUGUUUUUCAUUAUGUGAAUUUAAGAGCUGUAGACUAGAGCAUUUCGUAAGACUAAACUCUCUUUUAAACCAAAGUUUAAAUUGAGAAAUACAAGGAUAUUUCUCCUGACGAGUCAGGGUUACCAGAACACACAAGCAUCGACAGACUUGAUUUGUGAUUACCAUUGUAAUCUGCCAUAGACAAUCAUUUAAAAUAAUACACACUGAGCUGCUGCUAAGAUGUCACCUGAGGCCUUAACUAACAAGCAUUUAAGCAGUGACCUCACUGCUUUUAUUUUGUCUUUCUCUGUUUUAUAUUUAUUACCGUUGUGCAACGUCCAUUGAAAAACAAGCAUACUUUACAUGUUGCAUUGAGCACAAUGUGUGAUUCAUUUAAUUUUCUUCUCCCUGAUGUGUACAUGGUUGUUUACACCAGGGGUUCCCAAGCCUUUUCACUCCUUCCAGUAUUGGGGAACAUCCUGUGCCCCCUUUUUUGUGCACACCCCAUUUUUAUUUCUAUGGGCACAAACACCGUUCUGGAGACACUGUUCAUACCACUCUUGUUGGUGGAGAACAUUUAGCACAUUUGAAGCUUAUUUACUGCAAUUCUACACAUUUUGUCUUGGGUGCAAAUAAUACAAAUAAUAUUGUGGGUUUUUUUAAAGCACGUUUUCUUGCAUUUCAAUACAUUUUGCCAUGUCUAAUGUGUAUUCAUGUGAUAUUUGAGUUCACAUUUUUAUCACUAUCUUUUUUUUUUUCUUCUAAAAACCGUCAACUGACCUGGGCUAGUUAUAAAUGGCUCUAAAAAUUUUAAUUGCACCUCAUGCAUUCUAUUAUAACUUUCAAGAGUAAGUUUAAAGCUAGACUGACUUCAUUUUUAAAACUUUUUUUGGUGUGGGGGUUGCGGAGCGGGGACCACCAUGCUCUACAGUUUGGGAACCACUGGUUUAUUCAGCUAUACCUUUUUGCAUGAUAAGUACAAAGUCCAUGGGAUCUCACCACCUGAUGGCACAAAUUAGGGAUUUCCCCUUGGAACAUAAGCCUGUGACUUGUCAGAAAGGGAUUGGAUGAUCCUUCUAGACAGAUGUAUCACUGCCCCUGUGGCCGAUGUGAAGUCUAACCAUAUCCCACUGCAAACAUUGGAACAACUUAUCUCUUGAGCCUGCUGGCCUAUAACCUACAUAAAAUGUACUGCACUUGCCUGGAGUCUAAGCAUUAAGUUAUGUUCAAAUGUACAGUUGAAGUCAGAAGUUUACAUACACCUUA